ACCUUUACACGAUAACACAAUUUCCUACCUUGCACAUUCAGUGCAGGUUCUCAAUAGCUCUUAUCUCCCGGCCCACGUAUCCACACCUCUGCGAAGUAGCUCCGAACGCACCGCGCACACUGUCAGCUCAGCGAGGCUGAGACGUCGGCCCCCACAGACUCCAUCGUACUACCCUUGCCCUUGGACGCUUCGCGCGCCUUCUCAGUAGACGCCGAUCGUCUGAACGUUUCGAGUCGUUGAGAAACUCAUUCGCAGAUAUGGCUUCGAACGGAGCAAGUGGAGUCAACACACCUCAGUCGCAGGCGCAAGUGCAGCCAUGCCGGUACAAGACCGGAAAGACAUUGGGCGCCGGAAGCUACUCGGUCGUUAAGGAGUGCGUACACAUCGACACAGGGAGAUACUAUGCGGCCAAGGUCAUCAACAAGAGGCUUAUGGCAGGACGCGAGCACAUGGUCAGGAACGAGAUCGCAGUCUUGAAAAGGGUUUCCAUGGGACACAGGAACAUUCUGACUCUUGUGGACUACUUCGAGACUAUGAACAACUUGUACCUCGUGACCGACCUUGCGCUUGGAGGCGAGCUGUUCGAUCGCAUCUGCCGCAAAGGCAACUACUACGAGUCUGACGCAGCAGACCUGAUCAGAGCGACCCUAUCCGCCGUUGCGUAUCUGCACGACCAUGGAAUUGUACACCGCGACCUGAAGCCCGAGAAUCUGCUGUUCCGCACGCCCGAAGACAACGCUGAUCUGCUGAUCGCUGACUUUGGCUUAUCGCGCAUCAUGGACGAGGAACAAUUCCACGUCCUAACCACGACUUGUGGUACUCCUGGCUACAUGGCGCCUGAAAUCUUCAGGAAGACUGGUCACGGCAAGCCUGUCGAUAUCUGGGCCAUCGGUGUUAUCACUUACUUCCUCCUGUGCGGCUACACUCCUUUCGAUCGUGACUCGAACCUCGAAGAAAUGCAGGCUAUCCUUGUCGCCGAUUACUCCUUCACGCCUCUUGAGUACUGGCGUGGUGUCUCUCUGACCGCUCGCGAGUUCAUUCGCCGCUGCCUGACAGUUGAUCCCGCAGCGCGUAUGACUUCUCACGAAGCUUUGUCGCAUCCUUGGAUUGCAGAUCUCGCCAAAAAGCAGGCCGAAGGCGAAGAAGAUCUCUUGCCAACUGUCAAGAAGAACUUCAACGCCAGGCGUACGCUUCAUGCUGCCAUCGACACUAUCCGUGCUAUUAAUCAGCUGAGAGCUGGCGGCGCCGCCAGUAUGAUGGAAGGCGUCAAGUCGAACGAGCCACGACGCGGCGCGCCCCCGGCUCCCAAAUUCCCACAACCCGCAGAAGAAGGCUCUGAUCCCAUGGAGAUUGACCAUGUCGAUAGUAGAGGCAACGGUCAUGGUCAGACUGAGGCUAUGAUAAGAGAGCAAGAACGCAGGAUCCGUGAGACACAACAGGGCCUGUGGAGCAAGCGCUGAGGUAUGAGCGCUGCGAUUCUCGAUUUCUGCGUUCUCUUCUUGCUGAGAAUGGCGAGGUACGCCUCGUGCGUUCAGGUCGAAGCGCUGGCCGACGACCGCUGAUGAAUUGUACAUGCAAACAGAUUCCGACUAUAUACCACUGAAAUUUCAGCAAGCUGAUUCUCUUCCCAACUUACAUGGUCCACUCUACUGUCGCACUGAUGGGAUCCAGGCACUAGAGUCACCUCAAGUGAAAGAGGCACUACUAUUAUGCAUGAGAAAGU